ACUCUCCAAGAUCGCCAGAAUUGUCGAAGUCUUCAGCCGUAGAUUGCAAGUUCAAGAGAGGCUGACCAAGCAGAUUGCGGAAGCCAUCGUGGAGGCCGUUCAGCCCGCUGGCGUCGCUGUUGUGGUGGAAGGAACCCACAUGUGCAUGGUGAUGCGCGGCGUUCAGAAGAUCAACGCCACGACGACCACAUCUUCAAUGCUCGGAGAAUUCAGGACCAAACCGAAGACGCGAGAAGAGUUUUUGUCUCUGCUGAAGUAACUCAUCUUUAGCACGUGACCUUGCUUCGGCAGGACUUUCGAGGCGACACUGAAAGCUCCAGCAGCCCUACGAAAAUGCUGUAGUAUAUGUUGUUGUUUUUCUGAAGAGAUCUCUUGAAACUAGGUUUGUUAUUUUCGCUCAUGUCUGCUGCCUAAGAGGUUGGUUUAGUUGAUAUAUAUGUUGUCAUUGUGAUAUUACACCCAUCUCCUUAUCCUUUUUCCUCUUCUUUUACUUCUACUGUCAUCAUGCCACUUUCUUAACUAUCAUUCGUUGUCUCAGCAUGAGAUAUAUUUAUUUGGUGCUAACGUAUCAUUACGUUACAUUCUGUAAGACCACCACAUGUUCAUUUCAUAUGUUUGUGCGAUAAUGUUAUGCAUUGAGUCUUUUUGUUUUAUUUCUGUAAUAGUUUCUGAUUAAGAGCUGAUAAUUUGAUGUUUUCCGUCAAUUCCUUUUUCUAAUAAACAAAGGUUUCGAAUGUG